AUGCUUGUGGUGGAGAUGCCCCUUGUCGGCAAAGAGGAGCACUUAGAACGGCUGCAGAGUCUCCCUAUCGCUGUCGGCUCUUGUGUUUUCACCCUGAGAUUCAACAAUGGCCUGUUACCAAACGCGGACAGGAUACGCGCGCCAGAGGUCAAACCAGAUCCCGAGAAGCCCUUCAGGGCCGCUGAUCACAGAAUUGGCGAUCUGUUCCUUGUCGAUUAUGCCGCUGGAGUGACACAAACGGUAUGCAACUUUGGGCGACGAUCCACUUUGGGCUGGAAAGGGGAUGCCCUUCACAAUGUUGAGCCGAGAAACAGUCAAGGCGAAGGCUCAAGCAAUGGCGUCAAGUACUUUGCCUUUGAUCAAGCUGCCUUUGUGGCGAACGAGCGCGAGAUCGCCUUGAGCUGCGCGUCUGUGCCUCUACCAUGUCGCAACGAAUCACUCAAAAGGCACCAACCUCAAAGGAUGGCCGCGCAAGAAUGCGGUAUGCUGCAUUUACCCAAUCAUCAAUUAAGGAGCAGCAACCGAAAUGAAAGGCUUAUCCUGUAUGCCGUCUCGUAUGAUCCCGAGUUUGAGGAACAAAGCUAA